UGCCAGUGAAACUAAACCUUGGAGCUCGUGGUUGCCACAAAUAUGUUGUAGGUUGAUAACAAUAGUUCCGAAAUGCAGAUCGAAUUGUCGUUACUUAUUUUUCAUUUUUUCAAUAGAUGCCAUCAACACACAACAACACAGCGCUACAGGAUUUACUCCGUACGAGCUGGUAUUUGGACAGCCACCAUCAACCACAAUCAUACCGACUGUUUCAAAACAGUUGAAGGUUAUCACUGAUUCGAACUUUGAUAACGAUGAAGACAUCGACUUUUUCUCCAUACCUGUUAAAGAACAAAUGAAUUACAAAUGUCAUGCUGAACAGCCACACGAUGGCGCAGAGAAUACGAAUUCGAAGAACGUCACAAAUGAAGCAUAUGUUAUUGAAGACGAUUGCGAAACUGGUUCAUUGUCAACACUCCAACGACAUUGGACUCCACGAACAACAGCUUCUGAAAAGAUAAAAAAAACGAGGGAGGAGAUGGUUCAACGGUUUGAGAAAAACCAUUGCAGCAAAGUCAAUGCUUAUGAAGUUGGGGAUAAUGUCUCUGUUCGAGUCCCUAAAAAAGACUGCAGCAACACUCAUGCUUCACGCAUGCCAUGUGUGGUUAUCAGUGUUUCUGGUGACAAAGAGAGAUAUUAUCAACUGCUUACACAACAUGGCGUAUUGCACAAUAAAUACAGAUCUGGGGAUCUAGAAUUUUUCAGGGGAAAUUUCAACAUGGACCUUAAAAAUUCUGAUAAGUUCGUCAGCUUGAGGGAAGCAAAUCGCCUUCAAAAUGUAACAGAGUCGAUGUGGUUGUAAGUCAGGAUGCAAAACAAACAUAUACAAAUGCAUCAAAGAAAACGUCACAUGCAAUUUGAAAUGCCAUUCUGGCGUAAAAUGUGGAAAUCAAAAACCUG